GCGCACGCGCGAGUCAUCGUCAACUACGACGUUGCUUUUCCCCUAGCCGCUGACCCUGACAUGGCGACGGCGACAUCGAAUUCGUCCACUACGGGCGAAAAGGUCGCCUCCUACCAUGCACCACCGGUGACAGGGCCUACGGGCGCGGCCGUCCAUCGGCUCAGAUGCCUUUCGUCGACCAUCGAGCUCGGCUUCCACCUGGUCCCACACAUCGUCGCAACCGUUCUUACCAGCCUGCCUUCUUCCACCUACGUCCUCGUCACCGACUCACACAUUGCCGCAUUGCAUCUCGAUGCUUUCGAGACCGAGUUCCGCACAUUCAUGGGCAAGCAGGGUCUCGCCAAGCCACCCAGGCUCCUUACAAAGGUCAUUCCGCCCGGCGAAACGAGCAAGUCGCGCGAGACAAAGGCCAUGCUCGAAGACUGGCUGCUCUCCCAGGCAGUCACGAGGGAUGCCGUCGUCAUCGCUAUGGGCGGCGGCGUCAUUGGUGACCUCGUCGGUUUCGUCUCGGCGACAUUCAUGCGCGGCCUCAAGUUCGUCCAGGUGCCCACAACGCUCCUGGCCAUGGUCGACUCGGCCGUCGGGGGCAAGACAGCGAUCGACACUCCGCACGGAAAGAACCUCAUUGGAGCGUUCCACCAGCCAAAUUUCAUCUUCAUCGAUGUUGCCUUCCUCCAGACGCUGCCCGAAAGGGAGUGGAGCAACGGCAUGGCUGAAGUUGUCAAGACUGCCGCCAUCUGGGACGAAGUCGAUUUUGCCAAGCUUGAAUCAAGGGCACCCGCGAUCAAGUCGGCCGUCCUCGGGCCAUUUCCGCCCAACGCGCCCAAGGAUCAAGGUCGCACCCUGGCGACACGGACAGAGGCGCAGACGCUGCUCCUCGAUGUCAUUCGAGGCUCGGUGGGCGUCAAGGCGCACAUUGUCAACAUCGACGAAAAGGAGACUGGCCUUCGUAACCUUGUCAACUUUGGCCACAGCAUCGGCCACGCCAUUGAAGCCGUUCUGACGCCCGACAUGCUCCACGGCGAGUGCAUCUCGAUUGGCAUGAUUCUCGAGGCAGAGAUUGCCCGCUUCACAAACGGCCUCUCGCAGGUCGCAAUUGGUCGUUUGACACGCUGCCUCAAGGAGUACAACCUGCCCGUCACCAUGGCCGACCCUCGUGUGAGCCGGUUAAGUCGCUCUUCUGGCUUGACAGUCGACCGGCUGCUGGACAUCAUGCGUGUAGACAAGAAGAACAGCGGUGACGAGAAGAAGAUCGUGCUCCUUGCUCGCAUCGGAGCGACCGUCGAGGAAAAGGCCAGCACGGUGGCCGAUGCGAUCAUCAGGAGGGUGCUGAGCCUGGCUGCCCGCGUCGUUCCCACUUCGGCUAUCAAGCCCUUCACUCUCUCGACACCGGGAAGCAAGUCAAUCUCGAACCGUGCUCUGAUCCUCGCGUCGUUGGCCAAAGGCACCUGCCGCCUGCGCAACCUGCUCCACUCGGACGACACGCAGGUCAUGAUGGCCGGUCUGCACGAUCUCGAGGCCGCACAAUUCUCGUGGGAGGACGGGGGGGACACCAUCGUCGUCGAGGGUAAUCAGGGAAGGCUCAAGGCACCUACAGACAAGGAAAUCUACCUGCAGAAUGCCGGCACUGCUGCUCGCUUCAUGACAACGGUGUGCGCCCUCGUCGGCGGGGCCAACCCCGUCACCAUCACGGGCAAUAAGCGCAUGAAGGAGCGACCGAUUGGUGCUCUCGUUGAUGCCCUCGUGGCCAACGGGACUGCCAUCUCCUACAAAGAAGCGAACGGCUGUCUUCCUCUUUCCAUCCUAGGCCCAACUGGAGGGCUCGCCGGUGGAAGGAUCGAGCUGGCCGCCACGAUCUCUUCCCAGUACGUCUCAUCGAUUCUCCUUUGCGCGCCAUACGCCCAAGACGACGUCAUCUUGGACCUUGUGGGAGGCGCAGUUAUCUCGCAGCCUUACAUCGACAUGACGAUCGCAAUGAUGAAGUCCUUUGGCGUCGAGGUACAACGUUUGGUCGACGCAAAGACGGGAACGCCCCUCAAUACGUACCGCGUCCCGAGGGGUCAUUAUGUCAGCCCUGCCACUUACGACAUCGAGAGCGAUGCUAGUAGCGCGACAUACCCUUUGGCCAUUGCCGCCAUCACAGGCACCGAAUGCACAGUGCCAAACAUCGGCAGUGCGAGCUUGCAAGGCGACGCACGCUUCGCAAAGGACGUCUUGGAGCCCAUGGGCUGUCAGGUGACGCAGACGGCCACGAGCACCACUGUCAAGGGACCGCCGCUGGGCCAACUCCGUCAGAUUGGGACAGUCGACAUGGAGCCCAUGACCGACGCCUUCCUGACGGCCUCUGUCCUCUUUGCUGUCGCAACAAAGGGAGAUCUGCCUUCGACCCGCAUCACUGGCAUCGCCAAUCAGCGGGUCAAGGAGUGCAAUCGCAUUGCAGCCAUGAUCGACGAGCUGGCCAAAUUUGGUGUCAGGACUGUCGAACACCCAGAUGGCUUGGAGAUCUUUGGCGUGCCCCACGAGAAGCUCAAUCAAAAUGUCAGCGUCCACUGCUACGACGACCAUCGCGUCGCCAUGGCGUUCAGCAUCCUGGCUCUCGUCACACCUGGCCCGGGCACAGUGCUGGAAGAGAAGCGCUGUGUCGAAAAGACGUGGCCCAACUGGUGGGACGACUUGGAGCGCGUAGUAGGCGUCAGGGUGCAAGGAGCAGAUGCGCCGGCCCCCAGUGCUUCGUCGUCGGUGGCCAGCACUUCGUCGCUGAGCAACAUCAGCAAAAGCCUCACGCCGGUCCAGUAUCGGCCCGAUGCCACCAUCUUUUGCAUUGGCAUGCGAGCUUCGGGCAAAACGUACCUGGGAGGCUUUGGCGCUGCGGCGCUGAACCGGCCGUUCAUCGACGCAGACGUGCUCUUCAACGAGCGCUACAAUCUCAACAGCUUCGUCAAGGAGCACGGUUGGCCUGCCUUCCGCAAGGCAGAGACGGACAUUCUCAGAGAGCUCAUGACGGAAAGGGCUACCGGCCAUCUCAUCUCGCUGGGCGGCGGAGUAAUCGAGAUGGAAGAGAACCGAAGGCUGCUGAUGGAGUAUGCGAAAACAAAGGGACCAGUCGUAUAUGUAUUGAGAGACAUUGAGGAGGUGGUUUCUUUUCUCGAGACGAGCGAUCGACCGGCGUACGGCGAGCCAGUCCGAGACGUCUUCAGAAGGAGACAACCCUGGUUCUCCGAGUGCUCUAGCUACGAGCUCGUCUCGUACUCUGGAGAUACCGAUGUCGUUGACGCCUUUGACGCCGAAAUUGCUUCGCUGCCACCCCCCUCGACUCCCGUCGACGGGACACGCACCAUGGGUCCACCCUCGAAGGCAGCCUCUAUUCGCAAGGCCGUCGGGCUCGAGGCAGAGGUUGCCCGUUUCUUCCGUUUUAUUGCUGGUGAGGAAGCCAACCAAGUCGACGAUCUGGAGACGAGGUCGACCUACUUUCUCUCCCUCACCUUCCCGGACCUGCGUCCAGCGCUGUCGAUCAUUGAGAAAAUCACGGCGGGAGCUGAUGCUAUCGAGGUGCGAGUGGACCUGCUCAACCCUGAGGGUGUGCCACCCCAGAAGGGACACGUCCCACCGGUGCAGUAUGUCGCUACGCAGCUGGCGGCCCUGAGGCAGAGGACGUGGCUGCCAAUCGUCUAUGUCGUCCGUACUGUCAGUCAGGGCGGCAUGUUCCCUGACGAGGAAGAGGACACCUACUUUGAGCUCCUCAAGCUUGGUCUCCGACACGGGUGCGAGUACGUCGACUUGGAGCUGCGCUGGCCCGAAGCUCGCCUCGAUGCCGUUCGCGCCCAUCGUGGGCACUCCAAGAUCAUUGCCUCCUGGCACGAUUGGUCCGGUCAGAUGAAGUGGGAGGACGCAUCGACGCUGGGCAAGUUCGAGCAGGCGUGCAAGUACGGCGACGUAGCCAAGAUCGUCAACCGAGCCACAUCCUUUGCCGACAAUCUCUCUUUGGAGGCGUUCAGGGCAAGAGUCUCGAGCUUGCCGGUCGCCAAGCCGCUGCUGGCUAUCAACAUGGGCGAGAUUGGCCAGAUGUCUCGGACACUCAACCCAGUCCUUUCGCCCAUCACGAACGAGGACAUGCCUUUCAAGGCAGCUCCUGGUCAACUUACGUUCUCGCAGAUCCAAAAGACGCUCCACCUCAUUGGCCAGCUGCCAGCGAAGCGCUUCACUCUGCUCGGCACACCCAUCUCGCACUCGUUGAGCCCCUGCUUGCACAACACAGCCUUUGAGGUGCUCGGACUACCUCACCAGUACGGUCUCCUCGAAACGGCAGAGGCCGACGAUGCCGCUGUCGUGGCUUUCCUUCGUUCGGCAGACUUUGGCGGAGCGAGCGUGACGAUGCCCCACAAGCUUUCCAUCAUCAAGCUUCUGGAUGUCAUCACGCCGGAAGCUCAGGCGAUCGGAGCCAUCAACACCAUUUCCCCGAUUGUGCGCCAGGAUGGUCGAAAAGUGCUCGAGGGCGACAACACCGACUGGAUUGCGAUUGCGGAAUGCUCAAGACGUAAUCUUUCGCCAAUCCAGCUUUCCUCGAGCGACUUUACAGCUCUCGUCAUCGGUGCUGGAGGAUCGGCCAGGGCGGCCCUGUACGCCAUGAGCCGGCUCGGCGCGAAGACGAUCAUGCUCUUCAACCGGACGAAAGCCAAUGCAGAUCAGCUCGCGAGCCAAGUCCCGCGCGAAUGGAACGUCGUCGUCGUCUCGUCGCUCAACGACCUCCCUCAUAGGCCGGUGGCAAUCGUGAGCAACGUCCCUUCGGAUGGCACGUCACUCGACCCCUCGAGUGGCAAAGGCAUCAUCUUGCCUCGCUCUAUUCUCUCCAACGAGAAAGGAGGCGUCGUCAUUGACAUGUCGUACAAGCCCAUGAACACGCCUCUUAUUCAACUGGUCCGGGAGACCAAUGCCACCUUCGCCCAGUCAACUGCCUCGGCCGACAGGCGUAAUUUGCGUGAAGGAAGACUCUGGACGGGCAUCACCGGCGUCACGAUUGUGCUCGAGCAAGGCUGCCACCAAUUUAGAAAGUGGACAGGACGAGAGGCGCCCAGGGCGCCAAUCGAGAUUGCCGCUUGGCAGAAGUACUUUUCGCAGUAGUCGUCCUCCUGGCCGUUCCUGUGCUCGGAAGAAAAUUCUGGACAAAUUUUUGAAGAGAGACAAUGUUAUUGAAGAGUAAUUUUAUUUAGAGUCAUAGAGUCAAUUUGAUGAGAGAGGG